CGAUUUUAUUUUAUUUAUUUCUAGGGUUUAGGAGUUGGUAUAAACUCUGAAGCCGAAGCCGCCGCAAGUCCUCUGCAGCAGUAAUCUCCAUCUCCCUCCCGGUGUUUUAACUCUGAAUUUCUGAAAGAGAAAGGAGUCGGCAAAGAUGCAGAAUGAGGAGGGACAAAACAUGGAUCUCUAUAUCCCCAGGAAGUGCUCGGCCACAAAUAGGCUGAUCACCUCCAAGGAUCAUGCUUCUGUCCAGAUCAAUGUUGGGCAUUUGGACGAGACUGGCCGAUACACUGGCCAAUUCUCCACCUUUGCUCUUUGUGGAUUUAUUCGUGCGCAGGGUGAUGCUGACAGUGCACUCGAUAGGCUUUGGCAGAAAAAGAAAGCCGACACCAAACAGUAGAGUCCGUAACAUCUCUUGAAUUAAUUGUGAGAGGUUUCAUUUAGAACACUCUAGUUUAUUCCUGGAUUCAAUGCUAAUGCUAGAUUGGGGAUUCAAGACCAUAUUGAAGUUUUGAAUAUUCUUUUACUUUGUUGCUUUGAGUAAAAUAUUGACAUUGGGAAUUUUCAAUUGGUGCCUUUUAAUUAUGAAAUUGAAUCAGAUUAUCAGA